AAUUACUGCUAGAUGGAGACCAAAAAUCAAUAUGUACCCCGAGUCAAUCAGAUUGACGCCAUCACAUUAAACAAAGAUAUCACGCGUAUGAUAAGGGAAAACCUACUGGAAAAUCUUCAAGCAAUAUCACCCGUAUUGUACCUGAAAAUACAACCCGAACUGGAUCUGCUAAUACAAUCGGCAAUUUGGUUUGGUUCGGUGGGAAAACGUUGUUCAACAUUUGGACAACAGCUACUGGUGUUGGCCUAUGAUUCGGAACGUUUAACCAUAUCCAGAUUGGUGUUACAUUUCUGUCUAACAGUUCUGCCAAGCUAUAUUAAAAAAUUGGAAGAACGUCGACUCAGCCAUCGAGUUGAAUGGCUUACCAAGGCCAUAGAAUAUGGAGAGAAUGCCGCCCUUGUGCUGUCGGUAUUGAAUUUCUUUAGAUUCCUGAAAACCGGUAGAAAACCCACGCUCAUUGAUUUCCUACUUGGCCUGGACUACAUUAGUUUGCGGCACAAUCAACGCAGAGACAUUGGUUAUAAAUAUUUGACCCGUGAAUUGUUGUGGGGUGGUUUUAUGGAAAUAUUGGGUCUAGUUCUGCCCAUCAUCAAUUUCCGUAAACUGCAACGUGUUGCAAGAAAUCUAUUUACCUUAAAGAAACCGGAGGCCGUUGAUGAAGCGGGCAAUUCCUUACACCCAGCUAAUCGAAAACCAAAACUGACACCCACCACAACAUGUGUAUUUUGUGGGGAACGUCCCACAUUGCCACAUUAUAUGGGCUGUGAACAUAUCUAUUGUUAUUACUGUUUAUCUGCCAACAUUUUAACAGAUUCCAAAUUUUGUUGUGUCGCUUGUGACACGCCGGUCCCAGCGAGUGGCAUAGAGCCACUGUAG